AUAUAUAAAAACCCCGGCCAGUGUUGUGUUUACCUUGGGAGGAGCAGCAUGUCUGACCCACCGUCUUAUUUAUCACUUUUUUACUAUAUAUUCCAGUUAUUAGUGACUAAUUGAGCCGUUUAAUACCUAGGCAAAUGUCUGGACUAGAUGAAACUGCAGUGCUAAUAUUUGAGAAGAUGGUCUGUAAGGCUUGGCAUCAGUUUGUGUGGAGAGUUUCCAAAAGUUUAUGUCACCUAUUUAGACAAAAGCUGGGUCAUAAUGUACCUCCUAAAAUAACAGACAUAGAGAUUGUUCAUCAGAGUUGUCAUUACAUUGUAGUUAACAAAAGAUAUGAUGUUCUCAUCAACAGUGAUUCCUCAGUAGAUGAGGUAACAGUCCAAACGCAACUUCGACAACUUUUUCCUCACUUGGCCAGUCAGAAGCUUGGACAUGAAUUUCGAUUUGCUCAUCGUCUCGACUUCUCCACUAGUGGGUUGCUGUGUGUAGCUCUUCACAGGAGUGCUGCAGCAGCAGUUGCAAAAUGUUUUGUUCAUAAGCGAGUUGACAAGUACUAUUUGGCUCUUGUAAGGGGUCAUGUUUCAAAAGAGAUGUUGGACAUAUAUCUUCCAAUAGGCAAUGAUACACGUGAAGAAUGGUAUGGGAUAAAAAUGGCCACACCUCUGAGGCGUUACGCUGGUCACUGUAAGACUGCACACACACGGCUUUUGGUUCUUCAGAAAGGUUUAUAUGACGGUUAUCCAGCCACUAAGCUACUCUUGAAGCCUAUAACAGGUCGACGCCACCAACUUCGGGUACAUUUAUCAGAGUCUGGUCAUACCAUUGUGGGAGACUUUACUUAUUCCAAUCGCCGCGACAUUUUGCCUUAUCGCAUGUUUCUUCAUGCAUAUAGGUUAAUAGUGCCUUCAGAAUUUGAGUAUAUUGAUGUAAGAACUGAUGAUCCAUUUUCUGAAAAUGACCCAAGAAAUAAAUGGGUUCCAGUUGAAACAAUUCAUUCCCUAACUGAUGAAGCCUUUGAUAAGUUGAAAUUGGGAAGAAAGUGGUACAAAAAUAGAAAUUCUUAGCCCAAAGUACCUAAAAUGAAUUUAAAAUUUUUAGUUCUGUGUUCAGUGGAUUGUUUUCAAAAUGUUUUGACUGCAGCGGGCUUUUUUUUUUAAGGUCUAAUACAGGCAGUUACAACACAAUCCCUUAGCCUUGAUAGAUGAUAGUCAGUACCUUAGCCCACUAGUGGAAGUAGGUCAUGUUAACAACUUUUUAACAAUAGAACAGGAGGAGACAUCCCUUGUACCAAGAUGCCAUGGUAUUGUGUCAUAUAAUAUGAUAUUGCUAGCAACUAUCAUGCUAAACAGUUGCUAACAUCUAUUUAGCAUAACCUACUUCCACUAGUAGAGCCUGUUCACCUUUGGUUGUCUCCAGCUGCUGCACCUUACUUCUAGCUCCAGUAUACAAGCCUCUGACCUCAUUCCUCUACUAUAGGCUAAGGGACUGACCAUUUCUAUCAAGGAUAUGGGACUGAUCAUCUAAAAACUACCUCUCCAGUUCCACUGUCUUUAUUGUUAUAGAUGCCUGUAUUCAACUGUAGAAUCCUGCUGCACAAGCAAAACACUUUUAACAAUAAAAAUAUCCAUGUGUUGCCCAUAUCCUACUCGUCAACGUGUCGUCAUUAUAUACCAUUUAUAACAUGAUACUGAAACGGGGGAAAAAGUGAUACUAAGAUUCCUGAAUCACCAUAUAAAUAACAUAAGGAAAGUGGCCAAAAAAAAAGCAAAGUUACAGUAAACUGGUUAAGGGUUACAGCUUCAAGCAUUACAAUAGUAACUGUUUACACUGACAUCAUUUGUUGGAAGCUGAAAAUUUUUUGUCAUAAAUAAAACAAGUAUUACAGGGGGAAAUUGCAUAGUUUGAUUAAGAAAGACCUGAUCUAGCAAAUAUAAAACAAACACUUGGAAGGAACCUAGAAUGAAACUAAAUACAACCUCUGCUCACUUAAUGACAGAGUUAGUUCUUAAGACCACAUUGGUAAAUGAAUUUGUUUCUAAGCAAGGCACAUACUAUAAUGGUAGUGGGAUUGUGCCAACCAUAUUGUUUUAAUGUCGCCUUUGCACCCGUUGUAAGUCCGACUCAUUGUUAAGUGAGGAGAGGCUGUAGUGAGGAACUUAAACAUUGCCCUGAGUGUGUAAAUCAUAGUUUACAGGCUUGUAAAGAGUAUCUAUAGGUCACAGUUUUAUGUGAAAAUAUUUAUUAUUUCUAUAGUAUUAGUCAAAAAAUGUGCCAAACCCAUGUGGGUCACACAGUGCUACAUGGAAGAAGGAAAGUGGUGUGAAGGGUGUGUUCGCAUCCUAAAAAUUUAAGGCAGUUUCAGCAUGAGUAUUAAUAAGAAGGUAUUCCAGUGGUUUUAUGUAACAUGAUCCUUGAACUGGUGGUCAUUACUGCAAGGAAAUAAACUUUAGGUUUGUA